AUUCGAUAAUUGCAGUAUGGAUAAAAACGAAGACAAUAAAGAAAAUAAGGGAACUGAAGUGAAGAAAUACUCAGCGAAACGAUGUUUUGGCAGAAAACCACAACGAUACAGCAAUGCAGUAAUCGCCUCUGAAGUUGAAGACUUUGUUCGCGAAGUAGUCGAAGCUGUUGCCUAUAUUGUCGAUCAUCGGAAAGCUUUGUCUAGACGUAAAAAAUAUGCUGUUGAUGAGGUAUUUGAAAUAAGUGAUACAGACUCUAGCAAAAACGAGGCAUAUGGAAAUGUAUCUGCUCACAGAUAUCAAAAAAUAAAGGUAAAGCAAUUGACUGAACAAGAAAAAAGGAUGAGAGGACGAAGGAGGAUUGCCACAGAAAUGAUGAAAAACCGCGAAGCUGCUGUAGGAGAGAAAAGGCGGAAAAAAGAAGAGGCGCAGAAGGCAAGGGAAAGGCUAAAAAAAGAACAAGAAGAAGCAAAGCAAAAAAAGCGCAGAAAGGAUCUGCAGAGGAAGGAACAGAGGAAAAAAGAGGAAGAAGAAAAAAAAGAGCGACGAAGAAUAGAAGAAGAAAUUAGAAAACAAAAAAAGGAGAAAGAAGAGGAGGAACGUAAAAAGAAGCGAAAAGAAGAAGAAGAGAGACGCGAAAAGAGAAGGAAAGAGGAAGAGGCGGUACAGCUCAAGAAGAAACGCGAAUCGGAUCGUUUUCUUUCAUUUUUUGAUAAGAAACGAAAGACAGAAAAAGAUUCUGAUGCAGUGCAAACGGCAUCAGUGCUUAAUAUCUUACCGUUUUUUUGCAAACAAGGAGUGUCACUUGCACCGAUGUUUCGACGGAGACCAUUACCAAAAGAAGUUCAUGACAGUUUGUUGAUGGAAAUACGGCCAGUUGAAAGGCCGUAUCUGUCAACUGUUAAACCUCGUAAAACUGAGAAAGUAAAGCUAAAUCGAGCCAAAUUGUUUCAAUUUCACGAUAAUUGGAGGCCUCCUUAUUACGGAACAUGGAGAAAACGAAGCACUAUUAUAACUGGCAGAAGACCUUUCGCCAAGGAUACGAAGGUAUUAGACUAUGAAGUGGAUUCGGACGAGGAGUGGGAAAUUCCAGAAGGUGAUGAUUGCGAUGAAAGCACAGUGAGUGAAGAUGAGGAGGAGGAUUCCGAUCAUUCGAGCGAUAGUGAUAGUUUUAUUGUACAGCACGGAUAUUUAUCAGAAGGUGAGGGUGAAGAUGAACAAGAUCGUCUUGAACCUCGUGAAGACUCUAGUAAACGUGCAGAACGUCUCCGAGCUGUGGCGAAUGAAUGGGAGCAUAAUUUGGAACAAAAAUCGAAAAGGUUUAACAAACCCUUAAUUCCACUUUUAUGGGGCCCACACUUUGAGCUACCCGCAAAAGGUGUUCCUGAGGAUGUGGAACAAGCUGUAUUUUUCAAAUAUUCGGAUGACGAUGAUAAUGUUGAAAGUGAUUACGGUGGUAAUAAUGAUGAUGAUAACAGCAGUAAUAGUUGUCAUGAUGACGACAUCUACAUCGAAGACUGAGGGUCAAUCGUUUAUAAGUUCAGAUGUUUUAUAGAAAUGCUAAUUGUUUUCAACGUUUUUAUGAGUAAUUAUAUCAGAGAUCUUGUCAAAUUAAUUACCUUUAGGAUCUAAUAUGCUUUAUGAAGAAGAUAUUUAUGAACGAAUCAGAAAAGAAAUGAAAAAAAAUAGUACACAUAUAUUAGAG